GCUCCGAUGCUGGUAAUAUAUAAGAGAGCUAUAGGAAAGUAAUAAACUAAGCAUAUAUGGGUAAGGCACAAAGCUCCUACGCUGUUAUCCUGGCAUUUUCUUUACUUGUUAAUCUAUUGGUAUAUACGGAUGGAGAGCGGGAACUGAGUUGGAGCAAAAGAGCAGCACAAGAAGCUGAGCAGGUGGCCGCCAUCUCUUGCUCAGGCCAUGGAAGAGCCUACUUGGACGGGUUGGUUCUUUAUGGAAUCAAACCUGUUUGUGAGUGCAAUCCUUGCUAUGGAGGCCCCGACUGCUCUAUGUUUUUAACUGAUUGUGCAGCAAAUGCUGGAAGUGGGGAUCCAUAUUUCUUGGAGCCAUUUUGGAUGCAACGUGCAGCUAAAAGUGCAAUUCUAGUAGCGGGGUGGCAUAGAAUGGGGUAUACCUUUCCUGAUGGUUCUUACAUAUCAACGCAGCUCGAGGCGAGCAUCCAUAAAGUACAUGCCAUAGUUGGAAACGCGGUCACUAAAGGAAAAUAUAUUAUUUUUGGUGCUGGCUCAACCCAACUUCUCAACGCUGCAGUUCACGCACUCGCUCUUGAGAAUAAUUCCUCCUCACCUGCAACUGUUGUUGCUUCAAUUCCUUACUACAGGCUUUACAAGACACAAACGGAAUUUUUCAGAUCAGUGGACUAUCAGUUUGAAGGAGAUGCAACAUCAUUGCAGAACAUUUCAGAUGCAGGCAACGUUAUUGAGUUUGUAACCUCACCAAACAAUCCAGAUGGGAAGCUGAAUAAGGCAGUUCUUCAGGGCCCCAAUUCCUCUGCGAUCUAUGAUCGUGUCUAUUAUUGGCCACAUUUUACAGCGAUUCCAACUGCAGCAAAUGAUGAUCUAAUGAUAUUUACACUUUCCAAGCUCACUGGCCAUGCUGGCACAAGAUUUGGAUGGGCAGUGGUAAAGAAUAAGUCUGUGUAUCAAACAAUGACGGAGUAUAUUAGUGAAAGCAGCAAUGGCAUUUCUCGGGAUGCUCAGCUAAGGGCUUUGAAACUUCUGAAUGUAGUUCUCGAAACUGGAGGCAGGGAAAUCUUUGAAUUCGGAUACGACACUAUGAAGAACCGCUGGGAAAAAUUGACCAACACCCUGUCUGUUUCCAAUCGCUUUUCUCUACAGAAAAUUGAACCCCAAUAUUGCACUUAUUUUCAGAAAAUUAGAGAACCCUCACCAGCUUAUGCGUGGGUGAAGUGCGAGAGGGAAGAAGAUAAAGAUUGCUACAAAAUACUGGAAGAAGCAAAAGUUGAUGGGCGUAGAGGUAGCGUGUAUGCAGCUGAAGAGCGCUAUGUCCGUCUCAGCCUCAUAAGGAGCCAAGAUGACUUUGACAUACUAAUUCAGCGACUAAGCCAGUUGGUCAAGGAAUAAAUGUUGGAACUUCAAAGCAAAAUAAAUGUCAAUAGUUACAUAUUGGUGAAAUAGUUGUAUGCCCAACUAUUUCUUUUUCAACUAGCAUGUUUCUUAUCUUCCGAAUGUGGAGCUGCUUUGUUUGAUUUUCAAUAGCAGCUAGAUUUUAUUUUUUUACAUUCAUAGCAUUUAAUGCUAUAUAUGCUGUAGUAUGUCUUGCAAAUUCUCUAUAAAAGGUAUACGUGUGUAUACGUUUGAGAUGGUUCAGUAAUAAGAGUUCUAACUCUCCAAUA